AUGACAUUUCUACUACGGCCCGUAAGUGGGCAUUCAGGUGCUAAUGCUAACAAUGUCAUGAAGAUAGAGCCUAGUCCGUGUUUUGUCGUGAAGUCAAAGAUUCUACAACCUAACAAGACAUCUUUAAAGAAAGAUGCUAAAAUAUUCAUUAACAUCUGCCACAAUGAAGAGAUACCGUUGCCCGAGAUUGAUUUUAACCCAAGUAUAGUUUAUCCUCUAAUAGUCAAUAACCAAUGGGAAGUACCUAUUGUAACAUCUUCAAUUCGAGAAGAUUCAGAUAAGAAGGGCAAUUUGUGUUAUGUGGUUGACUGUUGUAUCAAUACCAAGUGUGUUUCAUGGAUACAACAAGACUUGCAGUUGAGAGAAAUAGUUAUAGAAUGGUGUCUCGAGAGCUGUGAAUUGCGUGAACAGAUCGAAAUAUCCAGAGAUCACAUAUCUUUCCCAAAAUUGAAGAAGAAAGGUGAGACUAUCCCGCCACUUGAGAUAUUGAAAGAUGAUUUGAAGGAGGACUAUAGGGAAACCAUCGAUGAAAUGGUUAAGAGGGAAUCAAAAGAUCCUAUUAGUAUUAUUGAGAUGAAGAGGGAUCUUAUUGCAGAAGAAGAGGAGGGUAUAGAAUCCGAUACAGGAUUACCCCCACUCAUUCCAGUUGACAAAGUAACACAACACAAACCACUGAUAGAAGAAAUAGAAGAUCUUUCUCUUCAUGAGGUCAAGAAACCAAAAAUUAUCUCUCAAAGCGAACAGCUAAAAUAUGAAGUUACAAUGGGGAAGACUAAUGGUAGUUCAGAAUUCUUCUUGAGAGUUGAAGUGACUUCUAAAAUUGAUUCUAGUCUCGAUUAUGAAGUCAAGUAUGAUCCAAAAACGAAUACCUUACUGAUCAAAAAUACAAACACAAAGGUGUAUUCAGAAAAGAAGCUUGAGAUUCCUCUUCCGAAUGUUUUUAGCGAUGCUCCUAAAUUGAAGUGCUUUUUCGUGAAACCAGAGCGUAAACUAGUACUAUUUUUAUAA